GUCACGUUAGGACGUAUGGUUUAUAAAUAUUACACAAAAUGUUUGUUGUGGUAUGGAAAGUGUUCGUUUUGUUAAUCAUUUCACAAGUUCAUAGUGAACCUAUGAAAAUAAAAUCGUAUUCUGAGCAAAAUUCUUGUGAUAUCGGCAAAUUGGCGGAUGAAAUUGCCUCUUAUGAUAAGGUCGUCAAAGAUAUAAUAGAUUACGUCGUGCGCGGCCCUUUCAAAUGGAAGACUUAUGAUGAGUUGGCAAAAUUUGUAGAUUUAUUCGGCGCUCGUCCAUCGGGGUCUAAAGUUCUUGAAGAAUCUAUUGAUUACAUGAUUAAGCUUACUCGUGAGGAGGGAAUAGAACAUAUCGUUACAGAAGAUGUAGAGGUACCUCAUUGGGUUAGAGGAACGGAAAAGUUAACAAUGGUUCAACCAAGAAUAAAGGAUAUUGCAUUACUAGGUCUCGGAAGAAGUAUAAGUACACCGCCAAAUGGUAUUUCAGCAGAAGUCGUAGUGGUGCAUAGUUUCGACGAAUUAGCAAAAAUACCAAACAAAGAGGUAGAAGGAAAAAUUGUUUUGUACGAUCCGAAAUUUACAAGUUAUGGCGAAACCGUUAUAUAUCGAUCUCAAGGUGCUGCCAAAGCUGCAGAAAAAGGAGCUGUUGCAUCUUUAGUUAGAUCGAUUGCCCCAUUUUCAAUAAACACACCACAUACAGGAUCCCAAAAUUAUGACGAAAAAGUGAAAAAGAUACCUACAGCUGCCAUAUCCCUUGAGGAUGCAGAUUUGAUAAGGAGAAUUUAUAAUAGAAAAGAAAAAAUUGUUUUAAAUAUUACAAUGUCGUCAACAUAUGACACAAAAGUUUCUAGAAAUACACUUAUUGAUCUCAAAGGGACUAAUUAUCCUGAACAACUAGUGAUAGUUUCAGGGCAUAUAGAUAGUUGGGAUGUUGGGCAAGGUGCGAUGGAUGACGGCGGUGGUCUUUUUGUUAGUUGGGCAGCACCUGUUAUAUUAAAACGUCUUAACUUAAGACCAAAAAGGACGCUUCGAUCAAUUUUUUGGACUGCUGAGGAGCUUGGUUUAGUAGGUGCCUAUGCGUAUGAAGAAAAACAUAGAAAUGAAAAUAAUAAAAUUAAUUUUAUUAUGGAAUCAGAUGAAGGCACAUUUGCUCCUCGAGGUUUAGAAGUAGCAGGUACUCCAAAAGCACGUUGUAUUGUAGCAGAAAUCUUAAAACUUUUUGAGUCUGUUAAUGCCACAACUUUAGUUGAAUCCAAUAGCCCUGGAUCAGAUAUUACUGUUCUUAUUCAAAAAGGUAUUCCAGGAGCUAGCCUCCAUAAUGCAAAUGAGCGAUAUUUCUGGUUUCACCACACCGAAGGGGAUACCAUGAACGUAGAAGAUCGUGACGAACUUGAUUUAUGUACGGCAUUUUGGACUGCUGUGGCUUACAUUAUAGCCGAUAUUUCUGCUGAUAUACCUCGAUACUGAUAUAUUAUAUUUAUAAACCAUUCUUAUUCAAAUAAAUAGUUUUUUCAUCAAGGAUGAUAGCAUUAAAAUACU